AUGGAGAAGCUCCUCCAUAAAUAUGGAGUGAUUCAUAAAGUAGCCACGCCAUAUCACCCCCAAACCAAUGUACAGGCUGAAUUAGCAAAUCGGGAAUUGAAGAAGAUUUUGGAAAAGACAGUAGGAAGUUCAAGAAAAGAUUGGGCUCGGAAGCUGGAGGAUGCACUCUGGGCAUACAGGACAGGUUUCAAAACUCCUAUUGGGAAGUCACCCUUUCAGCUAUUAUAUGGCAAAUCAUGUCACCUCCCUGUGGAGCUUGAACACAAAGCUUUUUGGGCUACUAAAUUCCUAAACCUUGACUCUGAAGCAGCAGUUUUCCCUUAUGGGAGUAUUGAAUUGCUAGAUGAAGCAACAAAGAGUCAAUUCACAGCAAAUGGUCAUAGAGCAAAGCUGUACUUAGGAGGACAUUGGGACAAGGAAAAAGAGGUUCAGAGCUUACAACGUCCUUGA